AUGAGUGCUAGUGAAACAACAAAAGAAAUGACGUUCGCGGAGAAGCAAGCAGAACGAUUAAAGAGACUUCGCUCUUUACACACUGCAAGAAAUGAAGCACGGUCGCAUAAUCACCAAGAAGUUGUAGCUGAGGAGGCUAGAAACAAGUUACCAGCUAAUUACGACGCCAAACGACGACAAGCUGAAUGGAUCAUGGAAGAUCAAAAGAAACGUGAGGAAUCAGCUAAAGAGGGUAAAGACUAUGACAGAGUUAAAUUACUGAAUAUAUCUGCAGUAGAAGCAGAGAGGUUGGAACGCAAAAAGAAGAAAAAGAACCCUGAUCAAGGCUUUUCUACUUAUGAACAGGCAACAGUAAGACAGUAUAACAGACUUGUCAAAAAUAUGCCAACUGCAGAUAUGGAACUUUAUGAACAACAGAAACAAAAAUAUGGUGAUGCUUUCUAUGGAGGUCCAAAUGUUAUUAUUCAUGGAAUGCAUAAAGAUAGAAGAGAAGCAGUUGAUAAAAUGGUAGAUGAUUUGGAAGGGCAAAUUGCAAAGAGAGCUAAAUAUUCCAGGAGACGGACUCAUAAUGAUGAUGCAGAUAUUGACUACAUCAAUGAAAGAAAUGCCAAGUUUAAUAAGAAAUUGGAGAGAUUUUAUGGAGAGCACACUGCAGAAAUCAAACAAAACUUGGAAAGAGGCACAGCUAUUUAA